AUCAAAUGCUUCGUCAGAUUCUUCGUCCAAUUUUGAAUUCUUCCCGCCGAUUCGCAGAUAUAAAACCAAAACAAAGUGCGAAGGAGAAGGUGAUGGCUGAGAAGACACCGAAAGGAGCACUUGAUAAAGCAGACGAACAACAAUAUGAAGAUCCUCACCUCAAGAAACAUCCGGGAGGUGUGAAUAAGUCAACUGGAGAAGUUGGUGGACCAGCUGGACCAGAGCCAACUCGAUAUGGUGAUUGGGAGAGGAAGGGAAGAGUUUCAGAUUUUUGAAAUGUUUUAUUAAUUGCUGUUAAAGUCAAGUCAGAUCAUCAUUGUUUUGUAGUGCAAAUAAAUAAAUGUUUUAAA